GUCGGGAGGGUAACUAAAAAGCGGAGCCAAGUAGCAAGCAAGAUACUUUUUUUAUUUAGCGCCCUUGUAAGUCAACUCCAUAGGAGAAAGGGACCGCAACUUUUGAAAGUCGUUCAUUGUACUAUUGUUUAUCUUCUCCGUAGCUAAUGGUAACUCGGUUAUAUUUUAGGGACACUAUUUGGUCUCGCUGCACCACAGAAAUAUAAUUGGGUUGCUGCUGGCAGGCUUUCACAAGUAGCGUAACGUUUUCCUCGGCUACUGUUAGCCCGCUAGCUGGCGAGAAGAGAGGGGUACAAGAAAAUGGAGUUGGACGAUGGAGUUCUUUACCAGGACGACUCUGGCAGUUCGGCGAUGAUGUCUGAACGGGUUUCGGGUCUGGCGAGCUCAAUUUACCUAGAGUUUGAACGGUUGAUCUGUCAGUACGACGAGGACGUUGUGAAAGAACUCAUGCCGCUCGUCGUCGCAGUGUUGGAGAACUUGGACGCGGUGUUCGCGGACAACCAGGAGCACGAAGUCGAGUUGGAGCUUCUGAAAGAGGACAACGAACAACUUGUUACCCAGUAUGAACGGGAGAAAUCGCUCAGAAAAUCUACAGAAGAGAGGUACAUGGUGUUUGAGGACAGUCAGGACAUGGAGAAGAAGGACCUUCAGGGUCGACUGGUGAUGCUGGAGUCUCACACACGUCAAAUGGAGCUCAAGACCAGGAACUACUCGGACCAAAUCGGUAGAAUGGAGGAACGAGAAGCCGAGCUGAAGAAGGAGUACAAUGCCCUCCACCAGAGGCACACCGAGAUGAUCCACAGUUACAUGGAGCACUUGGAACGUACCAAACACCAGCUGGAGACACCCUCGGACACAAGCACAAGCAGAUCAAGGAAGGAACGUCCCAUCUCCAUGGGGUUAUUCCAGUUACCAGGAAGUGAUUUGACCUCUGACCCGCAGAGGGAAACCGUGGAAACGCCGUCUGAACCCUGGAGAUAUAACGACCUGAGCCACCCUCACUCCAACACCAGCCUUAAGGAUGAGAUGUCAAAUGCUAACCGUGGAGGCUCCAAGUCGGGAACCCCCAUAUCCAGGCAAGGAGCAGGCUCCAAAAUGUCCUCGCAACAAGGUGGCUCUAAAUCGGCCACCCUGAUGUCUUCUCAAGGAGAGUCCAAAUCCGGUACCCCUAUUUCAUCUCAAGGGGUGGACUCAAAGUUGGUUACCCCAAUGUCCACACAAAGCGGCGGCUCAAAAUCUGUCCCCCCAAUGUCCAGUCAAGGGGGCGGGUCUAUGUCGGCCACUCCCAUGUCUACUUCCGUGUCUGAUGUUGCCAUGGCAUCUGUGGGCACGCCCCACCAGGAAGAGUUAGAGGAAGUGGGUGAGGGUCUGACCAGGAACCUGGACAGAAGCGACAGGAAGCCAGAGAACAUCAGCAGUAAGAACACCACAGUACAGGAGGGACAGGACUCCGAGCUGAGAGGAGCAGGAGUCACAGGAGGGUCAGGACCUCUCACAGACGCAGCAGAUGAUAACACUGAGUCAUCAGAGGUGCAGUCCAUCAUAGAGUCCACUCCUGAACUGGACAUGGACCUCAGUGGCUACAAAGACGCCAGUACUCCUUCUAAAGGAGUAGGUAUAGAAAACAUGGCGUUCGACAGGAACACAGAGUCUUUGUUUGCGGAGCUGUCCUCGGCAGGACCCGACAUGGAAGUAGACAUAGCAGACAUGGACGAGGGGGCCGACCUGCUUGGUAUGGGUCGUGAAGUGGAGCACCUCAUCCAUGAGAACACUCAGCUGCUGGAGACCAAAAAUGCGUUGAACGUGGUGAAGAAUGACCUGAUAGCGCGUGUAGAUGAGCUGUCGUGUGAGAAGGAGGUGCUGCAGGGAGAGCUGGAGGCUGUGACUCAGGCCAAGACCAGACUGGAGGAGAAGAACAAGGAGCUAGAGGAGGAACUCAGGAGGGUUCGGGUGGCAGAGGAAGACAAAGUGAAGACCAAGAGUGAGAACAGUGAGGAAGAUGCGGAUGUUCCCACGGCUCAGAGGAAGAGGUUCACCAGGGUAGAGAUGGCCAGAGUCCUCAUGGAGAGGAACCAGUACAAGGAGAGACUGAUGGAGCUACAGGAAGCUGUACGAUGGACAGAGAUGAUACGAGCAUCUAGAGAGAACCCUGCCGCCGCAGACAAGAAGAAAUCCAGCAUCUGGCAGUUUUUCAGCCGGUUGUUCAGUUCAAGUGGCGGAGCAGCUAAGAAGCCGGCGGAGGCGGCUCCAGUUAAUGUGAAGUACAACGCCCCCUCGUCCCAGGUCCAGCCCUCUGUGAAGAAGAGGAGUGCAGCGCUGCAACAGUUACCCAGUGACAAGAGCAAGGCCUUCGACUUCCUCAAUGAGGAGUCUGAGGCAGGCAACAUGGUGUCUCGUAGGGAGCAGAAGAGAGCCCAGUACAGACAGGUGAAAGCCCACGUUGAGAAGGAAGAGGACGGCCGGGUACAGGCCUAUGGGUGGAGCCUGCCACAGAAAUUCAAGGUGGCCAAUGGUGGUCAGACGUCAGAGAACAAGAUGAAGAAUCUACCUGUACCGGUCUACCUCCGACCACUGGAUGAGAAUGAUGCUACCAUGAAGCUGUGGUGUGCUGUAGGUGUGAACCUGUCAGGGGGUAAGACUCGUGACGGGGGGUCGAUAGUAGGAGCCAGUGUGUUCUACAGUGACCUGACCAGCCCUGGUCCUGAGAGCCGUUGCAGGAAGAUAGGAUCACAGAGCAGUCUGGACAAACUGGACCAGGACCUGAAGGAGCAGGAGAAGGAGCUGCAUCACCAGGAGGAGCUGUCCUCUCUGGUCUGGAUCUGUACCAGUACUCAGGCCACCACUAAGGUCAUCGUCAUCGACGCCAACCAGCCUGGGAACGUCCUGGAAAACUUCUUAGUCUGCAACUCCCACGUCCUCUGCAUGGCCAGCGUGCCAGGUGCCAGAGAGACCGACUACCCGGCAGGGGAGGAGGUACCCCAUAACCCGGAGGCGGGGUCAGGUGCUGAGGGCGGGACUCUCGAAGCCAGCACAACCAGUAGUGGCUCAGGGGGCGAAGCUGGAGUGCUGGCAGGGAUCAAUGUGGUUGGCUGCUCUACCGAGGGGGCGGUGGCUACCCCCCAGACAGCAAGCACAGACUCCAAGGCUGCAGAGGAGGCUACUGAAGCUACAGAGGCCAGUGCAGGUCCUGCAGAUCCGGAGCAUGACUUAAGUCAGAGGGCAGUCUACACUGAACAUGUCUUCACUGACCCUCUGGGUGUUCAGAGUACUAGCCCUGGGAAGUCGCCAGCCAACUACACACAGAGGGAGUCUGAUCUGGUGAAGGAUGGUGUGAGCUCCAACCCUAACCCAGAGGAACAGGACCUGAUGAGAGAAGAAGCCCAGAAGAUGAGCAGUGUUUUACCCACCAUGUGGCUGGGAGCACAGAACGGAUGUGUGUACGUGCACUCGUCAGUGGCCCAGUGGAGGAAGUGUCUCCACUCUAUAAAGCUGAAGGACUCUGUCCUGGGCAUCGUCCAUGUGAAGGGGAGAGUGUUGGUGUCUUUGGCUGAUGGAACACUGGCUAUCUUCCACAGAGGAGUGGAUGGUCAGUGGGAUCUGACCAACUACCACCUGUUAGACCUGGGCAGACCCCACCACUCUAUCCGCUGUAUGACUGUGGUUCACGACAAGGUCUGGUGUGGCUUCAGGAACAAGAUCUACGUGGUCCAGCCCAAAGCCAUGAAGAUAGAGAAGUCAUUUGAUGCCCACCCCCGUAAGGAGAGCCAGGUGAGACAGCUGGCGUGGGAUGGAGAUGGUAUCUGGGUGUCGAUCCGACUGGACUCUACUCUGAGACUGUUCCACGCCCACACACACCAACACCUGCAGGAUGUUGACAUAGAACCCUACGUCAGCAAGAUGCUGGGUACGGGGAAGCUGGGCUUCUCGUUUGUCAGGAUCACAGCUCUCAUGGUGUCCUGUAACCGUCUCUGGGUGGGCACCGGCAAUGGCGUUAUCAUCUCUAUACCUCUCACUGACACCAAUAAGGUGACGGCGGGGCCAGGUAAACCUGGUGGAGUGAUCCGUGUGUAUGGUGAUGAAAACAGUGAUAAGGUGACAGCUGGAACCUCUGUACCCUUCUGCUCCAUGGCUCACGCUCAGCUCUGUUUCCAUGGUCACCGAGAUGCCGUCAAGUUCUUCACGGCUGUCCCAGGUAAUUUCACUUCUCUUCCCUCUCUUCUUCUCCUCCUCCUGCCUUUUAACUGGAUGAAGGUCCUCCCUUCCCCAGGUCAGGUGAUCCCGUCAGGUGCUGGGGGAGCAGCAGAGGUGGGGAGUGACAAGGGGGUAGAGGAGCACCCUCAACAACAGCAGGAAAGGUCUGUUCUAGUGAUGAGUGGUGGAGAGGGAUACAUCGACUUCAGGAUGGGUGACGAGGCUGGGGAGACUGAGGAGGCACUGGAUGAGCACACUCUGAAGCUGCAGCCGUUCCUGGCUAAAGCUGAGAGGAGUCACCUGAUCGUCUGGCAGGUCAUGGGCAGUCAGGCCUGAACUUUUAACCCUUGAUCUCUAACCCUGCCACAGAGAUGAAGAAUGGGAGGAGCCUGCUCGAAGCAGGAACAAAGCUGGCCAAUCAGAUUCACUCUUCUGCAUGUUUCUUUUUGUUUUACGGUUAUUUUUUAUUUAAUUUGUAAUUUUAUUGAUUGUAUUGAAUUUUAAAUCUGAUACAAGCCUGUUGCUCUUUUAUUAUUAUUAUUAUUAUUAUUAUUAUUAUUGAAAACAAAAUUAUUUCUGUUUUAUUUAAUUUUCUUAGGUCAUGUUUCGCACUUGGUUUUAUAUUGUAUGCCUAGUGUCCAACCCCUCUGUCCAAAUACUGCGUGGUGAUUGGUUGGAAUCAAUGUAGGUUCAGGGUGUGUCUUUGGCCACACCCCUGUCCUCAUCUUUGCUUCCUUUCAGUAAAGGACCGAUUGGACAGAGGAGACAAUACUGUAUGAAACUGUACGAGACACCUGCACACAGGAGAAUAAUGAUGUCGGUGUUUGAACUGCAAAACCAAAUCAACCGCAUGAUGUCCAAUAAGAAAGCAAGUAUUACAGGACAAUCCAGCGAUGGAGCCAAUCCUGUGUGUCCUAAAUGAUACAGGUGUGCUCUUCUUGCAUGAUCAUUUUUAUUUUAUGUUGUGAGAACAUGGAUGUUGAUUGUACUUAAUACAGUUUAAUCAAUUGUCAGUUUUCUGGACUUGGGAUCAGUGUUGUUCUCCAUGACUAUGGUCUAUGGAAAACCUGAUAGAUCACAGAUCAAUCAUGUCUGUAGCUGCAGGGUCAGAGAAUCGCCCUAUUGCAUUACCGAAAAAUGCAUCCUCCCUUCCUAGGGGUAAUUACAACUGGGUUGGAUUGAUGAUUGAGACAGAUUAGUAGUUAAUUACCUCACGGAAGGUAGGUAGGGUUGCACUUUAAGUGUGUUGGAACAGGGUCUCUGACUUUAGUUUCUGUGCCGCUGCUCUCCCAUCCUGCUCUCCCAUCAGCUAGAGCUUGCAGACAUUUUACAAAAAUCAACUGUUGCCUUAGGUUUUGAAAGUAGAAAAGGACAUGUUUAAAACUACAUUAUGGACUUUUGAAGUGUGACUGAGUAUGUAUACCUAUGUGAAAGAAUGUUACCAAAGGAAAAAUAAUUUCACUUGAUCAGAAUAAAGUAAAUGUACAGUGUUGUAGCAGCAUUUUCAACCCAUCUCUCUGUAGAUACAAUAACAUUUUGACAGACCGUCUUUGUUAUAAGGUUCAUUGUGUAUGGAUAGAUAUAUUUUUUAAGCCAUCUCUGUAAAUGCAGAGAUGUGAUUGUGUAUAAUAGCUGGUUUCUCUGCUUCUGGAAUCUUUUGUAUGCUGAGAGUAGAUGUUACCCAUAGGCACAGAUCUAGGAUCAAUUUACCCUCCGCAAAUCCCAACGUGAACAAUUAGUGGAGGAACAACUCAACACUGACAUUAGAUAAGCGUCUAGGGGCAACGUCUUCCUUUUACCUUUUGUACACUAGGGGACAGGGUGACUGAUCUCUGACCAAACAGGAUCCCUCCUGAUAGGUUGAUAUGAUACUGAAGUGUUCAGAGACUAUUUGAAGCCUAUUUUUAUUAUUGACUUUUGUAUGUUUGUCUUUUCGACCCUAAUCUGUGGUUGCAUCUAGAUGGGGAGUAAGGUGUCAUUUAAUCUGUGGUUGCGUCUAGAUGGGGAGUAAAAUGUAAUUUAAUCUGGUUGCGUCUAGAUGGGGAGUAAGGUGUCAUUUAAUCUGUGGUUGCGUCUAGAUGGGGAGUAAGGUGUCAUUUGACACACUCGUCCGGUGUCUCUGGUCUGUGUACCAGCAGAUUGUGCUGGAGAGUGUUACUACGGUGUCUGUCCUGAGGAGUGAACGAGGGCGUGUGUGUGUGCCUUUGUGCUGGUCUGUGUGUGUGUCUGUCUGUCUGCUCUCCAGGAGAAGAGAUGUUUCAUAUCGCAGUUUAGCCAUUUCAGUAUUUAUUUCUAUGAAUGAGUCUUCGCAGUUCAGAAUGUAACUUUGUACAAUAUGAAAUAUGACUAUAUGAAUAUAAAUUGUAUAUGAAACAUUGAAAUGGCUUGGGUUUAUUGUUUUGACAAUGAUUGUAAUUACUGCGCUAUACAUUACCCUGCUUGUACAAAACAUUAAAAACACCUUGCUAAUA